GCCCCACCACACACCACACGCACGCACACACGCACAUUUAGCGACUGCUUCCUAGAAUGUGUGAGCUUCGCUCCACCACCACCACCACCACGGUUUUCGCACAUUGAAUGUGCGCGUAGCAGGAAGAAGAAGUCAGUGCUCAACUACCUCCAACCUUCUUUGCCACUAUCCUGUCUGUUCUGUCCGAGUCGUCGAAAUCCUACCACCCGCACCCGCUCGUUCGCCUCCCCCACCCCCCCCCCGCCCGCACCGUACCGUACCCUACUGUCACCCUCGGAAAAAUGGUGUCGUCUUCCGGACAUCAUCAUCGCUCGACUACCAAGGCCUCAAAUAAACCCUUCAAGUCCCGCCAUGCGACCAAAUCCUCCCUCAAGGCCAAGAGCAAGGGAAAGGUAGACGACGCCUCGGCGCUCGCGCGCAAGAAUCACCACCAACAGGUCACGACCAAGAUCGAGCGGAGGAACAAGGCGCGCCAGCUCCAGAUCAUCAAGAAGAAGGACAAUGACAUCGAUGCGCGGAUAUUCAAGGGCAAGGAUGCCGCCCCCAGGGUCGUGGCGGUCGUGCCGCUGUGCGCCGAUGUCACCGCUGCUACCACCGUCAGGGCGUUGUUGAAGAGUUUGGAUGUUUGGGUAGAGGUACCGGAGGCGGGUGUGUUCACUACAUGGGUGGACCGGUUUAAGCAACGGGUUCAGUGGAUUGUAUUGAAGCGGGAGAUGCUGCCGAUUCUCGAUGGAUGCAAGGCGGCGGACUUUGUGCUGAUGGUGUUGUCAGCGAACGAGGAGGUGGAUACCUUUGGCACACGGAUCAUCCGUGGGAUUGAGGGCCAGGGAGUCUCCAAUACACAUACGGUUGUUCAACACCUAGAGAAGGUUGAACCCGCCAAGAGAAGACCCGACAUUAAGAGAUCCCUCACCACCUUCAUCUCGCACUUCUUCCCAACGAUCACCAAGGUCCACGAGUGCGAAUCUUUGCAGGAGGGACCGAAUCUCAUGCGCACGCUGUGUACCUCGAUGCCGAAGGGUGUGCACUGGAGGGAUGAUCGGUCGUAUCUGGUAGCGGAUGAUAUCCGGAUCGAGGGUGACGAUUUGGUGAUUGAAGGUGUGGUGAGAGGGAGAGGGUUGAAGGCGGAUAGACUGGUUCACCUCCAGGGUUUUGGUGAUUUCCAGAUUGAAAAGAUCUGCGCACAGCCGAGCCGCGUGCAAGAAGCGUCCGCCGACGAAAUGGCGGUUGAUGGCGCGGUGAACGGUGCCGGACUACGGAUCCUCGAACUGCCAACCGAAGACCAGGACGACCUCAAGGAGUUGGCCCCCGAAGUAGAAGAGACGAUGCGGGACAUAUCAGACAACAUUUCGGAAGUCCCGUCCAACAUGUCGGAAUCCAGGAGAGGAGUCCUUCUCGACGACCACCAUUAUUUUGACGACGAGGAGAGCAGUGCGAACCGCGCUUACGAGAUGCCUAAGAAUGUUCCGUCGGGAACAUCAAAGUACCAAGCCGCCUGGUUCAUCGAAGGAGAGGAUUACGGCUCGGACGGCGAAGCGACCGAGGGCUCCGACACAGAUAUGGAUGAGGACGACGACGAGGCUCGACCUGAGGAUGGAUUGGAGGGACUGGCUGGCCCAUCGGGAACCACGGUUGCUGGCUCUGUCUGGGGAGAUGACGCCAAGAGCGAAAUGUUUUUGGAUCCUUCCCCGGAACAGGAAUACGAGCAGAUCCAGGCUUUCCGAAAGGACCGCGACGUAGAGCUUGCGGAAGAGAGGGAGUUUCCAGACGAGAUCGAGUUGGCGCCCAAUGUUCUUGCGCGCGAGCGUCUUGCCAGAUACAGAGGUCUUAAGAGCUUACGGACCAGCAAGUGGGAAACUGAGGAGGACCGACCAUGGCAGCCUGAGGACUGGGACCGGCUCGCAAGGAUUCAGGACUACCGGGGAUCAAAGAAUAGAGCCAUCAAUGAGGCUUUGGCAGGCGGUGUGGCACCAGGGACCAGAGUUAUGGUCUACAUCCGCAAUGGUCCCCCAGAGGUUGCGGAAUUGUUCAAAUCCCAUCCAGAGCGACCAAUUGUUCUCUGGGGACUGUUGCGACAUGAACACAAGCAAGCUGUUGUCAAUGUUUCUAUCAUGGCGUCCACUGAUUACGAGGGCGAGCCCGUCAAGUCGAAGGACGAGCUGAUACUUCAGAUCGGCCCGCGCAGAUUGCACGUUAAUCCACUAUUCUCUACCGCCGGCGGAACUGGUAAGAAUAACGUCAGCAAGUUCGAGCGCUUUCUUUCUCCAGGCCAAGCCAGUGUUGCGACAUUUGUCGGACCAGUGACAUGGGGGAAUGUUCCAGUGACAGCCUGGAAACGUGGAGACGGAGAAACUGACUGGGAGCUUGUCGGAAUGGGAAGCUUCCUCAACGUGGACCGCGAGCGUGUGGUCGCCAAGAGAAUCGUCCUCACCGGUCACCCUUACAAGAUCCACAAGAGGCUUGUGACUGUGCGGUACAUGUUCUUUAACCAGGAGGACAUUGCAUGGUUCAAGGCGAUACCGCUGUACACCCGUCGCGGCAGGAGUGGAUUCAUCAAGGAGAGCUUAGGUACACACGGUUACUUCAAGGCGACGUUCGAUGGCCGCAUCAAUCCGCAAGAUGCUGUCGCCAUCAGCUUGUACAAGAGAGUGUUCCCGAGAGGCUCAACGGAAUUUUCGGAGUAGUGCUCUUGAAAACCUCACGGGGUGGAGCUUCUGGGGUUCUUUCUUUUCUGUCUUUUCGGUUCUGGGUUUACAAUCGGUGUUCUGUUUUGGGAUUCCCGGGUUUUUUUUCUCGUUUUUUUUUGUGUUUUUACCCUUUCCUUCGUGAUGACAUGCCUACCGGCUUAGAUGUUGAAAAGUUGGUUUGUGAUUGUACUGAAUUUUGUAUGGCCUAUCAUCCUCUGGAAUAUAGUCCCGUGCCACUACUCAACCGUGGCGAUCAAUGCAAUGCAUGGAGGAUUUUGGCGGAGUUCGGAUAUACCUUUUUUUUAGU